AGCCAAUCACAAGAACGCACCCCACGCGGGGGAUUGUUUACUUCUAAGCCAAUCACACGAUUGCGUUCACACAGCGCGAUGUGUGGCGUGAGCGCGGGCGCGGGCUAGCGCGGUGGAUUUGUUCUGUCUGUCUCAAGCGCGAGCUAGUUCGCUGGAGUUCUUCUGUCUGUCUCUCGGUUGGUUGAGAACUCACCAUGGCCUCUGGAAACGACAGGGGAGCGGGUCUGUCGCCCCAAGCCGAGGUAGCAGCUCGGGCCUUUGUGCAGUUGUUGGCCCGGGAGCUGUCCUCGGCCCCAAACGCACCGAGAGAGAGUACAACAGUCAGGGCUGGGGGCAGUGCUGCUCCUCUACCGGUUAGCGAUGCUAGGGUGAGACAGGCUAUGAGAAGGCAGUUCCCUAGUAUGUUUAAUACUGAUCAGCCAAGAGGAAAACGGCGAUUCUCGACCCCUGCCCCUUGCAUUGUAAAAAGGACAGACUUCCAUAUCUAUGUCCUUUCGGAACCCAGUCAGUUCACACCAAAGGGCUCAGAAGAGCUAGAACUUGCCCAUGCUGGCCUUGGGAAGAGGAUGUUAAGCAUACCAGACCACUUGAAACAUGAUGAGGUCUGCCCAAUCUGUCUUGCAUCGUACCCAGCUGAUUUUCUCCCAAUUCAUGCAAGCACAUGUGGUGACAGAAUGAACUGUGCUGGACCUAGUGUAGCAGCCAGUCCCCCAAGGGGAGAAGAAUUGCCAGGACCCUCAGUUCCACAAUUGUCAGCAGCUUCAACCUGGCCCACUGAAGUCGACCCCCAAAAAGCAUGCGAGUUGUACAGAGAAGAUUUACUGAACCGUUACUCUGAAAGUCCACGCCUCUCUCUGUCACUCAACAUGUUUGAUGAAGAAGAAGAACAGGACAGUGCAUUCAUCUCAUUCUAUAAGCAGAAUAAUGUAGACUGGGCAGCUCCAUUCAAGUGCAAGCUGAGAGGAGAUGCAGCAGUGGGUGAUGGUGUCAACAGACAUGUUUUGUCAAUGGCCAUGCAGAAAUUGAAAACUGGAUUCAGAAUAAAUUUAGGCUCUGCUGCUCCUACAACCCUUUUUGAGGGGGAAAAAGAACAUCGGGUUCCCUCUGCAGCUGCUGUCCUGCGGGAAAGCAACCUAUUUGAGAUGGCAGGUCGUAUGAUUGGGCAUUCUUUCCUGCAUGGUGGGUCCAGCUUCUCUGGACUCAGUUUGCCUGUGGUGACCCUAUUGACUGGUGAGAGCAUCGACACUGCAGCAUCAGCUCUGACACUGGAAGACUGUCCUGAUAUUGACCAUCGUGAAACAAUUGGUUUGCUGAAGAAUGCUGAACUUACUGCAGAAGAAAACACCAAAGUGACUGAGCUUUGCCUGUCCUGGGAUCUUCCAUUUCCAACCUCCACCAAUCAUGUCUGGCUGUUCCAGGAAUUGCUUUCACAUGCAGUACUUCAUAGUGUUAAACAGCCAAUUAAACAAAUACGGAAAGGCCUUAAACAAACAGGAAUCUGGCCACUUCUUUCAGAUAGGCCAGAUGUCCACCCCUUAAUUUUCCCAAGGGAGUCAAGUGAGGAGCUUAACCCACAGACCUUGAUCCAGAGCAUUUCCUGGCCACAACCCAAUGUUGACAGCGAUGAGGAUGAGGACGACACUGUUCCAUUGGAGAAAAUCAGUCUUGUCACUGGAUUUUUGAGAAAAUUCAUAGAGGAAGCGUCACCAGAUGUGCUGCGUGACCUGAUGAAGUUUUGGGUGGGGUGGGAACUGCCAACAAGAAAACUCAAUGUUGAAGUUGUGACCUCAACUUAUCCAGUGGCUCACACCUGCUUCUUCAAGUUGAAGCUCCCCAGCCACUACCAGACCUAUAAGAUUUUUCACCAGGACUUGAUGAUGGCCCUCAGUUCUGUAAGUUCUGGCUUUGGACUUGUGUAGGUGCAAAUGUCACCAACUUCUUGCACUCAGUCUCUCUUUUGAAAUUGAAUUACUUAAGAGUAAUUCCUGCAAAUUUAUGCAUCAUUUAACGUUUAGUUUGAUUAUUCUUCUUGAUUGUCAGGCACCACAUUCACCUGUCAAUAAAUACUUUAGUUGGUUUGGUGAUUGUCUGUAGCCUUUUUUUUUUUGCACUAGUUCAUUGAUUUUCAUAUUCUUAAUCUAGUUGCUAGUGUACUUUUUUGAUGUCAUCUGCAUUGCAAUGAGCUUGGAUAAUAGAAAGAUCAUCUCUUUGAGAGCUGUGGCAGCUUUUUAGGCCUCUAGUUCAUUGAGCUCAGAGUUCCAUAGACAUCUAGUUGUAUUUAUUGAACAGUUUAUACAGCUAGUAUGUUUAAUACAUACAGAAGUUUAGGAAGAUACCAGUUUCUCCAAUGUUACUGUUGCCCUUUUACAGUAAUGUUCUAAAUUACUAAUGUUCUAACAAUGUUGGUUUUGUAAAGCCGAUCUGUCUAAACUUGUUACCCCUUUACAGUGAUGUGUUGUA